AUGUUCACGACCUGGCCUGCGAGGAGGCACGCGUGCAGCUCUCUCUUCUGCCACCUCCAUGGCGCCGGGAGCGCCAUGCUGUACCGCGUGCUGGAUGCGGUGACGUCGGUGAAAUGUGAGACCCGGCGGGCUCGCAAGCAGAUCAAGGUGCUCCAGGCCCUCGACGUCGCCGGGACGCAGCUGUACCACUUCACCACCAUCGUCAUCGCCGGCAUGGGCUUCUUCACGGACGCCUACGACCUGUUCUCCGUCUCCCUGAUCGCCGACCUCCUGGGCCACAUCUACUACCACUCGGCAGACGGCAAGCUCCCCGGCAAUGUCGCGGGCGCUGUCAGCGGCGUGGCGCUCUGCGGCACGGUCCUGGGGCAACUCUUCUUCGGCUGGCUCGGCGACAGGAUGGGGCGGAAGCGGAUCUACGGCGUCACGCUCAAGCUCAUGGUGGUGUGCUCACUCGCGUCCGGCCUCUCCUUCCACAACAAGCCCAAGUGUGUCGUGGCCACGCUGUGCUUCUUCCGCUUCUGGCUCGGCUUCGGCGUCGGCGGCGACUACCCGCUCUCGGCGACCAUCAUGUCCGAGUAUGCCAACAAAAGGACUCGCGGAGCCUUCAUAGCAGCGGUCUUCGCUAUGCAGGGUCUUGGAAACCUCGCUGCUGGGGCUGUUGUUCUGGUGCUCUCUGCGACGUUCAAGAACACGGCCGCGUACGAGACUGACCAGCUUGGGCAAGCGGACUACGUGUGGCGCAUUGUGCUCAUGCUGGGGGCCGUUCCUGCACUCCUCACCUACUACUGGCGCAUGAAGAUGCCUGAGACGGCGCGCUACACGGCGCUCAUCGCCAAGAACCUCAAGCUAGCAGCAUCCGACAUGGCCACGGUCCUUGACAUCGACUUCGUGUCGGACGCGGACGCAGACGCCGUCGUGAAGCAGGACGAGUUCGGCCUCUUCUCCAUGGAGUUCCUUCACAAGCAUGGUCGCCAGCUCCUCAGCACGACUACGUGUUGGUUCGUCCUCGACGUUGUCUUCUACUCUCUCAAUCUCUUCAUGAAGGACAUCUUCAACAACAUCGGCUGGUUUGGAGACGCGACCAUGAUGAGCCCUCUUGAGCAGACCUAUAAGAUAGCUCGCACGCAGGCCAUCAUCGUGGUCGGCGGUUCCCUGCCAGGUUACUUUCUCACCGUGCUAUUCGUCGACCGCAUCGGCCGCAUCAAGAUCCAACUCAUGGGGUUCACCAUGAUGACCAUUUUCAUGAUCGUACUCGCCGCGCCUUACAAGUUUUGGUCCAAACCCAACAUGCACAUAGGCUUCGCCAUCAUGUACGCCUUGAUCCUCUUCUUCGCAAACUUCGGCCCCAACUCCACCACAUUCAUCCUGCCCACGGAGAUAUUCCCGACGCGCCUGCGGUCGACGUGCAACGGCAUAUCGGCCGCCGGGGGAAAGUGUGGUGCAAUCAUCGGUGUUCUCUGGUUCCAGUAUUCUCAUACAAGCAUCCGGAGCUCUCUGCUUCUGCUGGCAGGGUGCAACCUGGUUGGACUCAUGUUCACUCUUGCCUUGCCCGAGUCCAAAGGGAUGUCACUCGAGGACAUCACGGGGGAAAUGGAGGAAGACAACGAACCACCAGAAGAAUCUAAAACGGUUGCUGAAGCUGAGUUCAUCUACAGCGUGGAAAUUUCUUCACCGUCUUGGAUCUUCGACUGCAUCGCCUCCCGCGGUGGCAACAUCCACAGCGUCGACGUCUUCGUCCCCAACGACGCCCCCGUCUUCUACGCCCGCAGGUACCCCAUCCAACUCACCCCCGCCUCCAUUUCCCACCUCUCCCUCUCUGCUCCUCCCUCCUUGCCCUCUCCCUUGGUAGAACUUCCUAAGGUCAAGAAGGCGGCCCCUUCCUCCGGAUCGCCGCCCACCGCCUCCUCGACGCCGGUGCCCGAGAAGGCCGUGUCGGCGCCCCCCGCCGCCCUCGCGCCAGACUCGCCGUCCGUGCGCACGCCCUACGAGGCGCACCACCGGCCAACGAAGUCCCAGACGUCCCCGUCCCCGCCGCCGCCGGACUAUGCGUUGCCCCCGCCGCCCAAGCCCAAGCCGGAGCCCAGGCUAUCCAAGCUCGAGUGGAGUACUGUCCAAACUGUAUUCACUGUCCAAACUGCAUCUAAGAACCCAUGGUUGUGCUUAUUUCUGAAGAUUGAAUGA